ACAACUCGACAGUUGCAAUUUGUGCGUCGUGUGGUUCGAACAGCGCGUGGCCAGAAUUCAUUGGCUUUGUUUUCCGAUUUUUGUCGCAUUUUUCUCGGAUUUUUCAUUUUCCAUUUUCCUCGGUUUUCCCCCUUGUUCCCCUUGACUGGCACAAUUUGAUUCGCGCGGCGCCAUUUACAAGCGUAAUUAAUUGACAAGUUGUUAAACAUGUCUAUUAAAUACCGACCAUACCUUUAAAUAACUCUUCUCUCGGCCGUCGCCGUCCACUGCCGCGUUAAAAUUAUCAAUUAAAAUCAAUUAACGUUGCACCAGCAACCAAAUAAAUGAAAUAAAAUCAAAUUUAAAUUUAAAUACCAAAUACAAAUAAAAUAAAAAUCUGCCGGGAGUCGGGAUGCCGGGGAGAAAAAAAAAUAAUCACCAUCACAAGAACAAAAAGCACCAGAAGUCGCACCACAAAGAGCGGAAUCCCGAAAAGGAACAGGAGGAGGAUGAACAGGAGCAGGACCAGGAACAGGAGUCACCUUUCCGCAUCGAACAUUCGGAUAUUUAUGGAAGAUACUUGGUGGCCAGUCGGCAGCUGGAGGCGGGAGAGCUCCUCAUCACCGAGGAGCCACUGGCCAUAGGGCCCUGUGUUAGCGGAGAUCCUGUGUGCCUGGGCUGCUACCAGCCCGUGUCCUUAGAUUCCACUCAGUACCGAUGUCCUGGCUGCCAGUGGCCAUUGUGCCGCGACAGCUGUCCGGGAAUCCAUCAGCCGCAUGGCCACACUUCAGAGGAGUGCCAACUGUACGGCGAGAGGAGAGCGGUGGCCGCCGGACUGCUCACGGAUCGCACCGGUCCGGCGGAAGUGCGUGAUCUCUACGAGCUGGUCAUGAUCGUUCGCAUCCUUCUGCUCCGCCAGCGUGAUCCGGAGCAGUUUGCGGCCAUCGAACGGAUGGAAUCGCACACCGAGGAGCGUCGCAAGAACCAGGUCCUGUGGCAGCACUACGAACAGAAGGUGGUGCAGCGUCUGAGGGAGGUGUGGCAGCUGGAGGACCUCCAGCCGGAGCAGAUCCAUCAGGUGUGCGGGAUAUUGGAUGUUAACUGCUUCGAAAUUGGACAGAAUGGGGCCAAGGCGCGGACGUUAUAUCCGAGCGCCUUCCUGCUCGCGCACGACUGCUCCCCGAAUACGGCGCACACCGAUCACCCGGAGUCCUACGCCAUCAUUUUGAGGACAUCGCGGCGCGUGCGCGAGCGGGAAGCCCUCACGCUCAGCUAUGCGUACACGCUCCAGGGCACCCUCAAGCGGCGCUCCUUCAUGCACGAGGGCAAGCUCUUCUGGUGCGUCUGCCAGCGCUGCUCCGAUCCCCGGGAGCUCGGCUCCGACUGCAGUGCCCUUGUUUGCCCUGUUUGCCGCCAGGGGUCGCUGCGCGCCCAGGAGCCACUCAAUCAGGAAGGCAGUUGGGGCUGCGAUAAAUGUGAUCACAAAAUGCUGGCCAAGGACCUAGAAAGUCGUCUAGAUCGGAUCAACAAUGAUCUGGAGGCCAUAGACGUUCAUGAUAUACCAGGCCUGGAAAACUUUUUAGUACGUUAUCGAGAGGUCCUGCGUCCGAAUCACUACCUCCUGUUGUCGGCCAAGUACUCGUUGUGUCAGAUAUACGGCCGGAUAGAAGGGUACUUGUUGCCGCAGAUGUCGCCGGAGGAUAUAGCCCGGAAGGAGAGAUAUUGCCGUGAGUUCCUGGAAAUUAUUGAUCUCCUAGAGCCAGGACUUACAAGAUUAAGAGGACUCAUUAUGUAUGAACUGCAUGCUCCUGUGAUGGUCUUGGCCCAAAUGGCCCUCCAGACUGGGAAGAUCUCGCGGCAGGAGUUCCAGCGCCGCCUCAAGGAAGUCGUCAGGCUUCUGCAGAACAGCAGGGAUAUCCUUUGCCUGGAACCAGAAGGAUCCAACGAACAUGAAAUGGGAAAAGCAGCCGCCGAUGCUCUCAGCAAAAUGGGUUGCUAAAUUAUAUAUUUUUUUUAUUAAAAGUUUGACUGAAAAAUAAUAAAAAAAAAAACUUUUUUUUAAUAGUAA